AUGUGCCGCUUCUUGGUCUACAAGGGCAGCGACGAGAUCCUGCUCUCGAAGCUGAUCCUCGACCCGACCCAUUCCAUACUAAAGCAGUCUUUCGAUGCCCGUCUGCGACUGGACACCCGACGCGGCCAGAACAAUGCCGAUGGCUUCGGCAUCGGCUUCUACACCGACCCCAAACUGGGCCAGACCCCCUGCCUCUUCCGCUCCACCGUCCCUGCCUGGAACUGCUCCAACCUCGAACGCAUUGCCAGCAAGACCGCCUCCCGCCUCGUCUUCGCCCACGUCCGCGCCGCCACCGACGGCACUCUCAGCGAGGACAACUGCCACCCGUUCUCCCACGGCAGCCUCAUGUUCAUGCACAAUGGUGGCCUGGGCGGCUGGAAGCACAUCAAGCGUCGCCUGACCGAGCGCCUCGCCGACAAGUGGUACCAUGUCGUCAAUGGCGGCACCGACAGCGAGUGGGCGUUUGCGCUGCUCCUCGACACGUUGGAGCGCAUGGGCUGCAACCCGAGUGCGCAGCCGGACAAGGGCUUUGGCCCCGAGAUUCUGCGGAGAGCCAUGCUGCGCACCAUUGCCACCAUCAACGAGCUGAUCGACCAGAUCCCCGAGAGCGUGAUCCAUGCCGAGAACGUCGACACCCGAAGCCUGCUCAACUUCGUGCUGAGCGACGGCCACAGCGUCAUUUGCACGCGCUACAUCAACAGCGCCACCGACCAGGCGGCCAGCCUCUACUACUCCUCCGGCAGCCAGUGGGAGAAGCGCCCGGCGCCCGGCGACAACAAGGACUACCAGAUGCAGCGGCGCGACAAGGGCGCCGACGUCGUGUUGGUCGCCAGCGAGCCGCUGACGUUUGAGCGCGAGAGCUGGGUCAACGUGCCGACCAACUCCAUCUUGACGAUCCACGGUCAGACCGUCAUGGUGCACCCCAUUAUCGACGCCUACUCGAACCGCGGCCCCGCGCACUCGCGGUCAGCCGCCUUUGUGCAGACCAAGGGCCUCGUGGCCAACGAGAAGAUCUCGCUUCUGCCCCGCGCGGCGAGCCCCUUCCCGGUAUCCGCGACUCCCGACAUCAUCGAGCCACCGUCUAAGAAGCUGCACGGCCCAACCAUCCCUCUCCAUGCAUUUCGGUCCCGCCACGGCGAAGGCACCAGCAACGGCACCAGUUGGCCCAAUGUGCCCUAUGCCUCGACCAGCGCGGCAGCUGGUGCAGCAGGGCUGGUGGCAGUGGGGUCCACGGUGCCUGCCGCGACACCGGCCGACGGCGCAUCGUCUUCCACAUCCGCACCGCCACUCGCCAGGCAACAAUCAGGCAGCUCGCCGGCCCAGGGCAACAUCAAGAAGAAGCGUAUGUCGCUCAACGAGCUGGAACAGGUGCACGGUUUUGGUGCUGGUGCCGGUGGCUACGGCGAAACGGAGCCGAUUACGCCCAUCACGCCCGCCGAGCCGCCUCGAAACAACUACGGUGAUCCAAACAAGAUUGCACGCUUCUUCCCUGAGCUCACCUUGUCAACAUAG